AUGCUUACACCGCGCUCGAAGGUCGCUAGAAUGCUGGCUCAGAUUGACGAGGCUCCAUCUCCAGAGCCAAAAUCACCCAGAGCGUCGAACGCGCCAACAGACCUUGCAAAUGUGGCUUCAAUCUCACCGGAAGCGCAGGUGCAGUUUGGCUCAGGUGACGACGAUGAACCGAUUAGAGCUCCCCAAGGAAGGGCCGCAAGACGAAUGCUUCGAAUGAGAAGUGCGUCUCCUAGGUCUGAUAUCGAUGACCCACGGCCGAUGCCAUCUUCGCCACCUAUGCGGCAGGAAAUCACCCCGUUUCAGAAGGAUGCCAACGACGAGGAUCUUUACGGAGCCACUCCGCUCAAAGGCGAGCACAGGUCAGCUUGGCUACACGGUGUCUCGCCUGCAAGCACGCAGAGUGCUCUUUUUGUCAGCCCAGCUAAGUCCAAUGGACGCUGCGACACCGGCGAAGAACUACCUAGCAAGCCUGUGAGUUUGGGCAGUAAGGAUAAGCUGGCUCAACUAGUGGUCCAGAAGCGCGGAGAGCGACUACGUCGAGAAGCUGGAGAGCGAGAGCGCACCUUCGGGCCUGAAGCAAUUAAGGAAUCACAGAAGCGUCAGCGAUCAUCAUCCGUGGAGCUACCAGAGGAAGUCCUUGGGACUGAGCAGCAUGAAACUAAUCCAGAGAUCGAGCGCAUUAUGUCCGACGCCGCUCGGCCAACGCGCAAAGCCAGCAAGCGAGCUUUGCUCGAAAUGGAGCGCGAGACUCAGCGCCUGGCCCGGCAGCAAGCUCUAGCCCACCAGAUGAAGGUCAAAAAGAAGUUUACGACUGCGGACCUUUUGGCGCGCUUCAGCACCCGCCAGCCUGCUGUAGGGAUUUCCGUGCAGGGGGUGGACUCCGUAGAAGUUGUGACCAGUGGCGCCAGCACCGCCUCAUCAGCGCCGAACAGCGAUGCUGUAGAGUCGCCAUUCAAGGAGCCAGUAAGCACGCCACCGUCAAGCCCACCCACCGCAGGCCCGACACCCUUGGAUAAGCAGAAAGCCAUAGUUGAGCGAGGUGCUCUAAGCAAGCUGAUGCCUGUCAGAGAGGACAGUAUUGCUAGCUUGGCCGCGAUUGUCAAUGGGGAGUACGAGGACUUGCCGGACAUGGUCGAUGUUUUGCGUGCAACACAACUUAGUCGGAAAGCUGCUACUGUCGAAAAGGACCUGUCAUCGCCUACUAAGCAGAUUGAGUUCUCUAAGAAGGGCCUUCAGCUGGCUUGGUUUGGCAAGAGAGCUCUUCCAGCGCAGCAGUACGAUAGCAGUGAUGACGAACUGGAAAUCGUCAACAAGCUACCGACACAUCUGCGCGCUUUCGAGAAGGCAAGGCCGGCGAACAAGGAGAGAUCAGCAGACAGCAAGGCGAUCCACACAUUGAGGCAUCUCUCGCACAUCGGCGCGUAUGAGGCUCGGCCUGGUAAGCUGGGUAAGGGUAAGGCUCGUCCUUCAAUGGCACCGAAAGUGCUUGAGGCGGACCUCAGACGCAAAGCCAAGGAACAGGCUCGAAUUCAGCAGCAGGAGCGCAUUGCUGAGCUGAAAGCCAAGGGCGUGAUCAUCCAAACCAACGAAGAGCGGGAGCACGAUCAGGAAGCGUUUGAGAAUUUGCUGGACAAGGCCCGUGAGCAGGCUCUUAAGCUGCGUGAAGCAGAGAAGCUUAGAGCAAGCGACAAGACUGAUGGUGCGAUUGUUGCCGUGGACGAGAUGAACAUCACCAUCAGCGAUGAUGAGGAGGAGGAUGAAGAGUAUCGCGGCUCGAGCGACGAGGAAGAGGAAUCAAAGCCAGAUGAAGAAAACGAUGCGGAAGACGGUAAUGACCUGCUUGAUGAGGCUGCCGGAGAGGCCAACGACGACAACGACGAUGAGGACGAUGACGACGACGACGACAACGACAGCCUAGAGGGUGUCGACGUUGGGGAAGACCAUUCGAAAGCUGAAAACGAGCAACUAAAUCAAGACCCUGCAAUUCGCAAGCCUCGCCAAGGUCGCAUCAUCUUGGACGAUGAAGACGAGAACGACGCCGUCGACACCGAAUGGACUGCUGCUCAAGAUCUUGUAAAAUCUAAUGCCCCAGCUACUGGCGACAACGGCGAGGAUCCCUUUGCAGCUUUUGGAUUCGCCGCUAAUGGCGGCUCCGACCACACUCUGAUGAGCCCAACGCAGGCGUUUCAAGCCACUAUGCGUACUCCGACUCAAGCAACGCAAGAUGACUCAUUCGACAUCUUGCGGAAGAUUGCUCCACCAACCUGGUCCACAUUGGCCCCGACUCUGCCAGCCGUUUGUGAAGACACGCAGCAGGAGGAAAGCCAGAUUAGUGUUGUGCCAGGGAGUCAGGUCGUGGAUAGUCACCGGAUAAACCUCGCCUGGGACACACAGCCGCCAGAGACACCGACAACGGCUACCCUGCAGCGCGGCGACUCCGGAUUGACCGAGACACCAGGAUGGGAGCCGACUCAAGAUCCUGGCUUACCGUCUCCGUGGUCUGCGUUGCGCCGCUCAAGCACCACGAUCGGCAAGCUACCGGAGCAUGAGACCCAGUCCACCGUGCCUUUGCGCAUCACCGAGUCGCCGGCAGGUGUUGCUUCCACAGCCCCGGCUCCUCGGCGUGGCAAACUCGUGCGCAGACAAGCUGCAGUGCUUGUAGAUAGCUCAGAAGACGAAGGGCCACCGGUUCCGCUGAAGGUUGCGACGAAGGAUGCAUGGAGAGAAAUGGCACGCCGUCGUCGCGAAACCCUCACCGCUGCGGAACGCACGGAGGUUGAGCAAGAAAUGAAGAACAUGAUGGAAGAGCAGGCCGAAGAGUCUGAGGACGAGUAUGCUGGUCUCGGUGGUGAUGAUUUCGUGGCUCCAGAGACCGAAGAGGAUCGAGAGAUGAUAGACAGUAACCAUGUCGAAGUUGACGAGCGGCAGUUGGCUAGACUGUUCGCCGAGCGUGAGCGGCAACGCGAAGAAGAGGAGACCAGCCGUUUGUACAAAGACCUGACGACCGGUGCGCUGCGGAGGAAGCAAGCCAACGCCUGGGGCUUGGAAGAGGACGAAGAUGAGAUUGCAGUCCGCCGACGUCAGAUGAGGCAAAUGGAAGAAGCUCGCAAGCGGAAGCUGUUGUUGCAGGAUGACAACAUCGCUGGGUUGGCGCAAGGCAAGAACAGCAGGGGGAAGGAUGCUUUCUUGAAGGCUAUCGCCGAUGACGAUGACAGAGACGAGGUGCUUGACUUGUCUGACGAUGCAGAGGACGAGCCGACGCAGGCUACGCAAGUCGAGAGUCAGGAGGCGACCCAACAAGCGCCAGCAACCGUACCGCUUCAAGAAGUGAGCGGCAACAAGCGUCGUUUUGCGGAGAUAGAAGGCUACGGAGACACUCGCCCGCCAGCUAAGCAGCGCCGCACCCAAGCGACCGCGUUCAGGAAGCCGGCCAGUAUACUGGAAGUACGAGAGUCGUUAAGCUUCUUGCUGGACGAGCCACAUGCUCAACAUGGAGAUUCGACAGAAGGGCUCAACUCCGAGCCGGGCAACGACAAAGCUGGUUCAGAUAGCGAGAGCGUGGACGAUGACGACGACCUAGUGGAGCUGGAACGAUCCCGUCACAACGACGGAGGCUUUGCGCCAAACCCUUCCGACUUCGAUGCCCGUGCCAUGCCGCCGCCUCGCCUCCCAGCUUCGCGUCGCCGCACAUCAGCUCCUGUGGACAAGGCAGUCAUUGACCGGCUCAUCGUGAAGCGCAGCUCUUCCACUGCGUCUGAAAGCGCUUUGGGCCGAACCGCGUGGGCCGCACCAGCAAGUGGCGAAGGUUUCAAGGUCCCGUCCCUGCUGCGGCGGGCCACGACAAGUGCGAGUACCGUCGCUGGCAACGAUCGUGGUGUCACGUACGGCUCCAAUGGUCUUGCUAAGGAGGGCGGCGGGGUCAAGAUGGGCGGGAGUAAGAAAAGUAGUCUCGCGUACCAGGCUCGAGCGGAGGAGCGUCAGGCGAUUGUUGAGGCGAGCGCGAGAAGGCGGGAGGAGAACACUGCGAAGAUUGCGCAGAUGAGGCGGAAUAGUAGCAUGCUCGGUAAAGGCCUGACUGGCCGCUUCGAAUAA